AUGGAAGUUCCUUCUAAACUUCCUUUGACAAAUCAAGCCUGCGUCUUUUGGCAGCACACUUGCACUUGCACUUGUCUCCGCUUUCUGAAGGGUUUUGGGGCAAAUCAGCAAUUCCCUCCUUGGGCCAGGAUCCCCCCACCCCGCCCGUUCGCAGGUGGCGGCAAGGGCAAGCGCUCGCCCAGCGGGCCCACGCUGUCGCGUGCGCGGGUCACCGCAGAGCCCAUCACUGGGGAGGUGACCGAGUGGAAGGGCAAGUACGGCUGGAUCCGGCCCACCGUGCCAGUGGAGCACCCUCAAGCGCAGCGACGGCAGGGCUUGAUCUACGUGAGCAUGAGCGACCUCCAGGGCGGUCUGGAGGCACUCACGGUGGGCAGCCUCUGUCAGUUCCACGUCUUCUGCGACGCCUCCGGGCUCGGGGCGGAGGAGGUGAUCGGCUCGUUGGAGGAUCUGAGCGAGCGAGCGUCUCAAAACGGGGGCGAGAAGCGCGGCACGGUAGCCUGCAGGCUGCCGGCACUCUGGCACAGUGCCCAGUCAAAGAAGGCCAGUGGCUUCCCGCUGACACUUGAGUGCCUGCAGCGGGUUCACGCCAGCAUAGAUAAGGGUGGCGGCUUGCCCUUCCCAACGGACCGCUUCGGCCCAGACGGCAAGCUCCAGCCGAAGCCCAAGACGCCAGCGGCUUUCGCGCUGCGGCCGACGCCCAAGGCCCCGCCCGGAAAGGCGCCCGUUGCCCGGAGGCCUGGCCGGCCGUCGAUGUCCCCCUUUGUGGCCAAGGCGUCCACCCCGCCGGCGCCCCUGUCGCCACCGGCGUGGACGGCGCCGUGGCGGCAGGACAACAACCGCGAUGUGGUUGCCUUUGAGGUGCCGAAAGCCGAAGCGGAGGAAGCGGAGGAAGCGGAGGCCCUCGAGGCCCUCGAGGCCUUCGAGCUGGAGCACUGGCAGCCAGCGAGCGAGGAGGAAGCUCCUGAGGCGGAGGUGGAGGGUUCGGGUGACGGCUCCGACGAUGAGCUGGCCCGCAUCAACCGCACCCUGCGAGACACGGAGGCCGCCCUGGCGGCUUUGGAGCAAGACUGCGGGAUGGAGGUGCCUGCCACGCCAGACGACCCGCUCGCUUUUUCGCCCGACGACGUGCAAGAUGCGGGAGACGCACAGAAGGCGCCGCAACUGAAAGUGGCCUGGCCCAAGAACGGGGAGGCGCGCUUUUCGGCACCAGAACGGAAGCCCUCGUUUUGCGGUUUGUUCCGCGUGGAGUUUUUUUUUGUGGAACCAAUCACAGGCAUGGCCGUGCUCGCGGCCGCGGAUCGAUGGGAAGCUGCUGCGAGUUCUUCCCCUCACGGCAAGGCACUGCCAGAUGUGACCAAAGCCGUGCGCAACCAGAAGGUCUUCCAUGACGAGGCCAACACAGUGUGGACCCACCUCAGACGAGGGCUCACGGACCUCAAGAAGGAGCCUGAGAAGCUCGACUCGCUGGAGCUGCCAUCCGACAGCACCAUCGACGAUGUGUGGGAGUUCAUGCUGGACCUCAUGGUGGACCAUCCCAAGUACUCCCGGCAAAUCCUGGACGCGGUGGACUUCCUCCUCUGCUCCGAGAGAUGGGGCGAAGGCUUCCUGCAGGCCAAGCAGAAGCAUCGGCUCUCCCUCUGGAAGCUGAAGGGCAAGAAAGACCAGGAGCCCUCGCCGGUGUCCCUGACCAUCCACCUGCUCCAAAAUGGCGUCGCCGUGGACGAGCUGUUGCCCCUCACAGCGUUGGAUAACGGAUCCGCCUUCGUGGAGGAGUUGGCCUCUGAGCUGAAGGGCGACCUCAGGCGGCAGCUGGAGGAAUCGGAGCUGGGCGCUGCACUGCGGGAGGCGCGAGAGGCCAAGUGCGCCUCCCCGCUGCCGGAGGGCAACUCGGUGGAGGACCCAUGA